AAUGACUUUAUGUCGAAAAUUAAAAAAAUACAUGUGCUUCUACUACUAUAUUUGACGGUACAGAUUGCGAAAACGAAUGAACUAAAAGAAGCGAAUAUCAAAGUGUAUUGCAGUGAAUAUGUGCCCUACGGAAAGCGCACUAAUAUCGUCAUAGCCAUGGAGAGUCUUCCUGUUAAGUACAAAGUAACUAUAUGGCUGGGUACUCCCAGCUAUCUAUUGGCCCUUUUUGAGUUGGGAGAUGUAGCUAAAGAAAUGGGUCCCAGCUUCAAAAGCACAUCAUCAAUCAGUGAAGAGCUUUCCUCCUAUGGAAUCAAGUCGAAAACUAAAGCCGAAUAUGAACAGGGAUUCUUUGCCAAUUUAAGCGCAACUUUUUGGUCGUAACUCUUCCCCAGCGUUGUUCUCCGCAAUUGACAGUGCUCAGGUGUUCAGAUCCCCAAUCACCACGAAAAGUUCUGAUAACCCGGAGCCUUUUUAUCAAUGCCCUAUUUCUGGAAUCCUGUAACCUGACAAUGAAGGCAACAUAUCACUGGAGUCUCAGAGAUUUCGUUGGGUUAACACAGUUUGCAUCAUAUGCCACAGAUGGUCCUUUCAUUAAUAUUCCGGCAUUCACCAUGAGGUUUCCCACUUCCUAUGAACCCUGGCGAAAUUUGUAUCUUUUACAAGUCGAAGAAAAGGUGAAUGGCUUGCACAUCGCAGCGCGAUGUUACCUAAAAUCGAUUAUGGGUAAUGUCGAGGCCGUAAUUCUUGGUGGUCCAAAUAGACUGGCCCGACAAAGUGAAACGAUCUGGAUGAACGGCUCCCUGAGCUACGAUUUCUCUAAGAGAAGAGGGGAUAUCCAGUUCUCUCAUUACAAUUGGAACUGCUAUUCCGCUGAUGACAUUCGCAAUCCAUUUUGCCAUCGGAACAUAUCGUCGGUUGCGGUGUUUUCUAUUCCGGCCAACUCCUUUAAAAGUGGCUGCAAAUAUACCUUUCGUCUGCAAGUUUCCAGAGAUGGCAAUCCCAAUGUAUCAUCACGAAUGACUCAAGGUAUUACCGUGAUAGAUCAUAAAAUACUACAAGUAACGAUAGAAUGUGUAAGGAACUGUAGAAACGAUUUCUUUACUCCUAGCGCAAAGAUUCAUCUAAGAUCAAGCUGCGCCAAUUGCGGAGGUCAAGUUGUCAGAUACAAAUGGUAUAUUGAUGGUCAGCUGUUGGUCACCAGUCGAGACUUAGCAUUGUACAUACGCUCUGCAGCUAAAGAAAUCCGCAUAAAGCUCAUUGUAUUUUCAAAGUAUGGCAUCUAUGGCCGGAAGGUAAAAACCCUGGUUAGAAAUACGGGUCCCAGAGGCGGGUUGUGUUCGGUUUAUCCAAGCCAAGGAUACGAGGCAAUCACGCCGUUCUAUCCGUGCUGCCAAAACUUCGUGUCCUUGAAUGGUCCCAAGGAGUAUUGGUACUAUGCCGGGUCAGUUCUGCUCGGAAGUUGUGCGGACUGUAACUGCGAGGUUUACUUGCCUGUUACCAGUUCCAUAAAGGUGCUCGUAUGCGAUGUAGCAUGGGCAUGCCGCACCACUUGGAUAGGUAAGAUCACGCCCCUGAGAAGUGUUCCCCACAAUAUUCAUGACCUGCUCCAGAAAGGACUUGUGGAUCGGUAUUUGCAAACCAUUCAAUCUGCAGCAUCGCACAUGACUAAACCGGAAUCUGGAAUAUUUCUUACUGGGAAUCUAACAAACAUUCCUUUCCAGUCGCGGAGUUCCCUCGCAAGGUUGGCUAACCUCACCUUAACUUUGGCACAUCGCUUAUACUUCGUAGGUCAGCAAAAGGAAUCUCUACUUACGAUGAUGGUCAAGAUGAUUAAUGACAACUUUGACGAAAUAGACAAGAACGAGGAAGAAACGUUUAUUAUGGAAAAGCCAUUUGAUAACUUAAGACUAGCGUGCAGAGAGGUCUAUGAAAUAAUAAAGAGAUUCUGCCAAAGAUCUUCUCGUCCACCGUGGUCAGUUUACAAUCAAUACUAUCGGGCAUUUUCAACUGGAAAAUUGGAUCAGUCGCUUGUUGAAAAAUUGGUGGAUGAGACCCAGAAAGUGGGAAACGCCAAAUCAAAUUUUCCGUGGAUUAUCUGGCUGAACUCCACUUGGGAAAUGGAGCGCCUGUAUCGUCAUUUAAACUAUCAUCGCGGUAUCAAACGAACCGAUAUUGGUGACCUGAGGAAGGCAACGUCCAACGUUUCACUGGAUGUUCAAUGUUUCCACACUUUUCCCAAGAGAAUCGUUCGACUACUUACCAGUGAUAGGAUUCAUAUGGUUUUUUUCGGGCGAGCAGUUUUGAGGGAAGUUCUUGGAACGGAUAAGGGCAGAGUAUGCCUCAAGUUGGUUUCUAUCAAACUGAAACUGAACUGGUGGUACCCGAUUUACAAGAGGCCCAGUACUCUGGUGCUUUCAGUGCGGAUUUUUCAAAGAGAAGACAAUUUCACGGUGCAGAUACCACUGAAUCAGAGUCAAAUUCACACAAAGACUUUUAUAACCUAUGACCCCGCAUUGACAGCCGAGAACAGCAACAGUUUUAUGCGCCGCGGGAUAUCCCCAAGAGCGAUCCUCGUGUCCACGGCCGAGAUAGAAAACUGCCUUAGAGAAGGCACUCUAGAAAACCUUAAGGAUAUCCGGAUGUACCGCAUGGUUCUGAUGGAGCACACAUUGCUGGCUGUGCACUUCACCACAUCCACUCACAAACUUCAGGUGGUGCUGAGGACCAAGCACAAGCCCUCCUUCCGCGAAAUCUCCGACUCCAAGUGCACCAUCCCGGCAUCAACGACGAAUACAACGCUUCUUCUGCGAAAUAACUGCCAUAAACCUAAACGAGCAUAUAUUGCACUGAGAGUUUAUGCCCAUUCCUCGAUAAAUAAGACCGACGAUACUCCCAUAGAGAACGGACCGGCGAGAUUUGCUUUCGUUUUUCAGAUUCGCAGCUGUGACACAUGGCGGUACUCCGCGAGUUUGGAUAAUCAGAAGUGGUCUUACUAUGGGUGCUACCCCACGAUGGACCUCAGCGUGGAGAAGGGUAUUCGAUGCACCUGCAAUGUCCUCGGAACUUAUACUAAUUACUUGCACUAUAUUCCCGGUGUGGAGGUGCCCAUUGGUGUUUUCAAUGCAGCAAAGCUAAAUGUUUUAAUUAUACUUGUCUAUGUCGCUCUCUUUUCAAUUAUACUGCUAUGGAUUCUAUGGCUGUAUGUAUACCGAAACAGACUUCCAAGUAAGACCAUCCUAUUUCCGAAAUUCGAACUGGACGACGAGUCAACGGGAGAGUUGCAUGAUGUUUUAAUCUCCUUAAGGACCGGAGGUCGCAUAAAUUCGGGAACCACAGCUUCCUUGCACUUGUCCUUCCAUGGCGAAUCUCAACCUAUUCGGCAUAUUGCAAUCAUGCAGGAUCCUGAGCAUAUAUUUCUUAAGUGCAAUACCACGCUGUACAUUUGGGUACGAACUCGAGAUAUCCGCAUCCCAACCACGGUUAUGGUUACCCACAACAACGCCGGGCGCUUUCCGAAAUGGUUCCUCCGCCGCAUCGAGGUCACCGACAUCCAGACAGGUGAAACGCAGGUGUUUCUAGCCCGGCAAUGGGUGGAGAAAAGAGCACUGUUGCUGUCUUCAUCGCUGAUCUAUAGGCAGGGAGAUGUACGAUUGUUCGACAAUUGGCUGAAUCGAUUUCUGAUGAGCUUCGAGAUGCUGUGGAUCAACUGGUCGCUGUGGCAACCAGUGACCGGCAGUUGGAGGGAGUCCGUCAAGUAUCCGCGUAUGUCUCGAGCCAAGAGAGUUUGCGAGUUCAUCAGUAAGCUGCUUAUCAAUUUCACUCUAUGCGCCAUUUUCUUUGGCGUUACAACAUCCGAAAACAUUCAAUUAAUGCGAAAUACGUUUUUGAAGUACACGGAUGUCAUAGUACUUACCAUGCUGUGCUCUUUUGUAGAUCUGCUCUUGCAGAUUAUGUUCGACUUUGUUAACUAUAGAUUCGGUUAA